CAAAUCAUGUGACGACGGCUUUUGGAGGAGACUGUUUUUGAAGCUGUCCCUGAAUUUGCAGCUGAGAGAACACGGCAACCCAGCAAACCAGGAGUGGAGAUUGAUCCUGCGGGAGAAAGGGGUUCAUCAUGGCGGAUGACCUGAAGCGAUUCCUGUAUAAAAAGUUACCAAGUGUUGAAGGGCUCCAUGCUAUCGUUGUGUCAGAUAGAGAUGGAGUGCCUGUUAUUAAAGUGGCCAAUGAUAAUGCUCCAGAACAUGCUUUGAGACCUGGUUUCUUAUCUACUUUUGCCCUGGCAACAGAUCAAGGGAGCAAACUUGGACUUUCAAAAAAUAAAAGUAUCAUCUGUUACUAUAACACCUACCAGGUGGUUCAAUUCAAUCGUUUACCUUUGGUGGUGAGUUUCAUAGCCAGCAGCAAUGCCAAUACAGGACUCAUUGUCAGCCUAGAAAAGGAACUUGCUCCAUUAUUCGAAGAAUUGAGACAAGUUGUGGAAGUUUCUUAAUCUGGCAGUGGUUUUGAUGUUCACCUGAUUUUCAUUAUAACAGACACAGUAUCAAUCCAGCAAUCUUUAGACACAACAAUACUUAUAUCCAUAUACUCAAGAAAGGGCCCCUUUCCCACCUUCUUCCACUAAAGAAAGAGCCUAGAGAUACAAUUUAUGGACAGAUUGAUUGUUAUCUUUUCUUGUGUAGGGUCUUAAUUUAGUGAGAUCUGGGGAUAGCACAGAAAUGGUUCAAUACAUCACAGCUCCCAUGGAGUUAGUCCAGUCACCAGAUAUGCAUGAGAUUCUAUUCAUUGGGUCAGAAUCAAAAUGGUACUUUGAUCCACUGGAGCCAUUAAGUGCUCCCUAUUGUAUAAUAUGCCCAGGCCUGCAGAAUGAAGCAGACCCUUUUUAUUGUGAAUAAUAAUGAGGACAUAUUUUUCUUUAUAUUGUUUUAUUUCUUUGCAUUGAGUGUGAGGAAGAUAAAAUGGCUUAGUAAAAGUAAUAAAAUCCGUACAAUCACUAA